AUGAAGCAGCUGUGCGAGAUGGUCAAAGAAGUCCUGAUGGAAGAAUCCAACAUACAACCUGUUUCUACCCCUGUCACGAUCUGCGGUGAUAUUCACGGUCAAUUUUAUGAUUUACUUGAGCUUUUCCGCGUUGCCGGUGGCAUGCCUGGCGAGACCAACGUUCAGUCGCCUCAAACUGCUACAACUGUCAUUAGAUCCGAAGAUCUUGAACCGCCAACUGAGAUUACCAACCCGAAGUUGAGGAAGAAGAUAAGAAAUGGCGAUGCUCCCAGUGCCGACGAUGAUGACGUUGAGGGUGACACCACAACGGAUCUGGCUGACCGUGGGAGCUCGCCGCCACCUUCUGAACAACAGAAUGAUGUCAAUGCGGUCUCACAACCUUCUGAUAAUCGAUUCGUUUUCCUCGGCGAUUUCGUCGAUCGCGGUUAUUUCAGUCUCGAAACGUUUACUCUUCUUAUGUGUUUGAAAGCGAAAUAUCCUGACAGAAUCGUUCUUGUUCGUGGAAACCAUGAAUCCCGCCAGAUCACGCAGGUCUAUGGGUUCUACGAAGAGUGCCAACAGAAGUACGGCAACGCCUCGGUCUGGAAAGCGUGCUGCCAAGUCUUUGAUUUUCUCGUUCUCGCGGCCAUUGUUGAUGGCACUGUCCUCUGUGUUCACGGUGGUCUUUCGCCCGAGAUUCGCACGAUCGACCAGAUCCGUGUAGUUGCUCGAGCACAGGAGAUCCCGCACGAGGGCGCCUUUUGCGAUCUUGUCUGGAGUGACCCCGAAGAUAUCGAAACUUGGGCGGUCAGUCCCCGUGGUGCCGGGUGGCUUUUCGGUGACAAAGUUGCAACUGAGUUUAACCACGUCAACGGCCUCAAGACGAUCGCUCGCGCUCACCAGCUCGUUAAUGAAGGCUACAAGUUCCAUUUCCCUGAGCAGUCCGUCGUCACUGUCUGGUCGGCGCCCAACUACUGCUACCGCUGCGGCAAUGUUGCAUCCAUCAUGACUGUCGACAGGGACCUGAACUCCAAGUUCAGCAUUUUCUCUGCCGUGCCCGACGAGUUCCGGCACACGCCUGGCGGUCGUCGCGGUCCCAGCGACUACUUCUUAUGA